AGGAGGGUGGGUGUGGGGUGAGGGGUCAGGGUGGGGGCAAGAUGGCGGCCCCCAUCAAGAUCACAGAGGGAGGCUUUGCUAGAGUCCAGCCUUCUGGCUGGUGCCCCUCGUCCCCCGGCGGCCGCUUUGGCUGACGUGCCCAGCUGUGGCACCCUCUCCUGCAUGAAACCCCCUGUGUAGCGCUUUAAUUUGCUCCCCCCCCACCCCCGGGCAUCCUUGGCAGCCAUCCCAGUCCUGCAGCUGAGAACUCCCUGCCUCCUGCUCUGCCCAGAGAGGGCUUGUUUCUGCCAGUGGCGGCGGUGAGUGGCUUCUUCUGCCAGCCAAGUUAGGGGGCACGCCCAAAGAAGGGCUGUGGCUGGCCAGGUGGCUGUGGCCGGCGUGGGCCCCAGGGGGGGUCUGUUUGCCCUGCCGGCCAUGCUCCAGGGCUUCAGCUAGAAGCUCCCCCUCCCCAUUUAACUGAGGGAGAGGGGCAGGGGUUGGGCAGCCAGGAGGAAUUGGCCCCCGAUGGGCCGGAAGCUGGAGUGUGCUGCGUAGAUUCAGGGGCCAUGGGGAAUAUGUCCUCCGCCCUGCCUGCCCUGCGGAGAAGGCCCCGCCGAGAGGAACCGCGCACCAACCCAGGCAGCUUUGAUGAGCUCCACAGGAAAUGCAAAGAAGUUUUCCCCCAGCAGAUGGAAGGAGUCAAGCUUGUCAUCAACAAACCCCUUAGCACCCAUCUUCAGGUGACCCACACGAUUCACAUGAGCACAGUGGGCCCGUCCAACUACCACCUCAGUGGCACGUAUGUGGGGGACCAGCAGCUGAGCCCCACAGAGGCCUUCCCAACGCUCAUCGGGGAUAUUGACAAUGCCGGGAGCCUCAAUGCUCAAGUGCUCCACCUGCUGGCAGAACAGAUACGAACCAAGGCUGUGUUCCAGACUCAGCAGUCCAAGUUCGUGACUUGGCAGUUUGACACGGAAUACCGUGGAGACGACUACACCGCAACCUUGACACUGGGCAACCCCGACCUAAUCAGUGAAUCAAUCAUUGUCGUCGCCCACUUCCUGCAAAGCGUGACGUCACAGUUGGUUCUGGGGGGCGAAAUGGUGUACCACCGGCGGCCAGGGGAAGAGGGCGCCAUUGUCACACUUGCUGGGAAGUACACAGCUCUCAAAUGGAUAGCCACCCUUAACUUGGGCUAUGGAGGGGCUCACGCCAGCUAUUACCAUCGGGCCAAUGACCAGAUCCAGGUUGGGGUGGAAUUUGAGGCCAAUACCCGGCUGCAGGACACCAGCUUUGCCUUCGGUUACCAGCUCACGCUGCCUCAGGCCAACAUGGUUUUCAAGGGCUUCCUGGACAGUAACUGGUGCGUGGGGGCUGUUCUGGAGAAGAAGCUGCCUCCUCUGCCCGUCACCCUGGCCUUGGGCGCCUUCCUCAACCACUGGAAGAAUCGGUUCCACUGUGGCUUCAGCAUCAUUGUGGGCUGAAUAUCCGGGCAGCUCCUUUGGGCUGCGAGAGAGGCAGCCGCCUUUAAUUUUGCCCGCCUCCAGAGGACGAGGGGCCCAGCUGCGUCUUGCGAGUGUGUCCGUGGGGGGUAAGGUGGGGCAGCCCCACACAGACUUUGGGCGAGGGGGUGGUGGGGUUCGGGGUCUGCCGCCCUCUCUUCCGGAGGGUCUUUGCACGGCGGGUCUGCCACGAUGGGGCCUUCAGACCUUCUGUCUUCCGAGAGACGUUGAGGCUAGGGGUGGGGCUGUCUCCUCCCGAAACGCCGCCUCGGAUCUCCGUGCGGGGCAUCGACUCCGAGGCGGCGGCUGCGACUAGGACCCGUGGACAGACAGACGGAUGCCCUUCCUGCUUUAAUCCGUCGGCACCUGGAGGGUGCUGACUUCAGCGUUCCCGCACGGAGUCCAUGCCCCCUCGUGUUGGUUUGGUACCGGGGUUCCGGAGCUGGCAGGGGCCAUAAACUCCAAGCUGGCGUACCAGGGUGGACGUGUCCACGCCGUAGCGGUCCUGGGCCUGGCGAGUGGCACAGCGGCCAAGUUUGCUCCUUCUGUGUAUGACGACUCGGAGUCCAAUUAAAAGUGUCCUGGGGGCCUCCCCUACCUGCA